ACUAUGGCCACCACUUCUCUUCAUCUUCUAGUCAUUCUUCUUUGUUUUUCUCACCUUAUUUGCUUGAAUGCCAUCCCAAUUACAAGGAGCAGAAGGCUGGUGCAAAAAUCUCAAGAAAAUGAUGAAUUAAUUGAUACCCACAUCAAGAUGCAGGAUAUGGUGGAGAAUAGUUGGGAUGCAGACAACAUAGUUAUGAGAAGGGUAGUGGCUGAGCUGAAUGAUUAUCCUGGUUCUGGGGCCAAUAAUCGCCAUACUCCAAAGCCACAAUGAGAGCAUGCAUGUGUUGGCUGCACCUAUAUAUAUAUAUAUAUAUAUAUAUAUAAUAUGAGACCGGAAAAUACAAUUAUAUAGAUACUAUAUAUGUAUGUCUGUGUGCAUCGGUGUGUUUAUGUAUGCCUCUAUGUUACAUGUGUGGGUAAAAAAUGUGAGUUUAAUAUUUUUAUC